AUGACUACCCUCCCUGAGUCUAAAAUGUCAACGACUAGAUAUACUAUGUGGUACUGGUAUGACCAGAGCUGCGCCUUCAAGACAGAAGAUCCCAAUUUCAGUCUUAACCAGCUCUCGAAGCUCGUCAAUGCCGUACAAAAGGAGGUGAAUGACGAAACACUUGUGCUUCCUUCUCAAGGCCCCGCCCGUCCUCGCCAGAUGGAGGUGGCUGUAUUCUUUCCGACCAGUGACGCGGAUCAAGGCCGGUUCAGCCGUGAGACUGGGACAGAGCUUAUCAAUCGCAAAGCUCGCGAGCUGAAGCUCCCUUGCAGCGAUUUCGUGUCCCAGAGUGUUGAGAAUGUGCGCAGUUUUACCAGGCAGGAGAUAGAGCGGGUCUUCAGCUUUGCGAAGCUUCCACCCAAUUUGAUUAAGGAAGCCUCCGAGAAGAUCCCUUCCGGCCAGUCGCACUCUGAGCCUUGCAAAAGAGAUGGAAGCAAAGCUCAGGGGGUCCCCCUUGAUGCCCAAACAAAAACUAGCUGGGUGACUUUGAUCUUGGUUUCUGCGGGUCUAGUUUAUAUUGCGAAAAGUGCUGCGUCUAUAGGGGCAGUCUACGAGUCUGGUAGUGCAAUAGUGGCCUUGAUAUGCAUAGGCGUCAACUAUGGCGCACUCACGGCCGGGUCGAUUAUGACGCUCAUCGCCCCGUGGGUCGCUGGGGCGCUCCUCCUCAUCGUCAAUGUCAUGUUUGUGGCCAAUGACACCGACGAUGCCGUUAGUGCCAGCGCCGAGGACAUUGCCAAUGGCGAGAGAACGACAAAAACAGCCUAUAUGCCUCCAGCCACGCAUGCAGUCACACGUGGAAAGGAUGUAGUGCACGACGAUAAUGACAUGAUAAGCGUGGGGGUGUAUGUUUACUCGAAGAAAAAGGUCCUGGGGCGAAAUUUUAGUUUUUUUUUUGGCUCACUUGUCGGCAUCCCUUUUCGAUUUACCAGAGAAGGUGGCCAAUUCUCGGUUGGCAUGGAUUGCCCGAACAGUUUCUUCGGCGGCACGAAUAGUGUCAGGGUUGUGCCGUGGUAUGACCCCAGUGGAGUGGCCAAGCGAGCAAUGGACAGUCACACGCAGAGCGAGGAGCUAUCUGUCAGUCCUUGGAAAGUUUCUGUGCAUCGGUCAGACAACGGACCGAUCAACUGGGUGUUCUGUCACGCAGGUCCGACGACCUAG